AUGAUAGUGGAUCAACAUGGUUUCUCAAUUCAAUGUAACUUAUAUCCAAAUUCAAUAUCAGUUGAUUCUGAAAUAAAUGAAAAUAAUUUUCCAUCGUUGGCUAAUUAUUCAUUAAUUAAUGCUCAAGAACGUUUAGUAACAAUAAAUUGGUACCGUAAUAAUUUGGGUAGUAUAGUUGUUUAUACUGUUAAUUCUGAGUUUGAACAGGAUAAAAUUCCAAAUGAAAUUCUUUUACGAAUAUUUAAUUCAUCAACAUUAUUUAAAAAAUUUUCUUCAAUAUUAAUUGAAGUUUCAUUAUUUGUAGCAAGUCAAUGUUUUCAUUAUAAGAAUCCAACAAUUUGUUCAGAAAUUGAUCUUAAUCAUUGUAAAUGUUGUCUUAUUAAAGAUGAUUUGAAUAAAACAUGA